UAUAUAUAUAUACAUAUAUUUGGACAAGAUCAAGAAUGGUUAUGAUCUCAAAAUUAAACAUGGAAUUUCUUCCUGCUGCUUUCUUCCUCUUUGUCUUCUUCUCUUUUGCAGAUGCAUACGAUCCUCUCGAUCCAAAUGGGAAUAUUACAAUCAAAUGGGAUGUCAUGUCUUGGACACCCGAUGGCUAUGUGGCUGCGGUGACGGUAAACAACUUCCAAAUGUACCGGCAUAUCAUGAGCCCCGGUUGGACGAUCGGGUGGACAUGGGCCAAGAAGGAAGUCAUUUGGUCGAUGGUCGGGGCCCAAGCCACCGAACAAGGCGAUUGUUCAAAAUUUAAGGCAACUAUCCCUCAUUGUUGUAAGAAAACGCCUUCAGUUGUGGACUUGCUCCCCGGAGUCCCUUACAACCAACAGUUCACUAACUGUUGUAAAGGCGGCGUCCUCGCCGCCUGGGGCCAGGACCCGCAGUCCGCAGUCUCCGCAUUCCAGAUCAGCGUGGGCCAGGCCGGUACCUCGAAUAAAACCGUAAAGCUCCCAAAGAACUUCACCAUCGGUCCCGGCCAGGGCUACACUUGUGGCCCGGCUAAGGUCGUGCCGUCGACGAUCUUCCUCACGUCCGAUCGACGUAGAAAAACGCAAGCCCUGAUGACUUGGAAUGUUACGUGCACGUACUCGCAGUUCAUGGCGCGGAAGCACCCGAGUUGUUGCGUGUCGUUGUCGUCGUUUUACAACGAGACGAUCACACCUUGCCCGAAUUGCGCUUGCGGGUGCGAGAACAAGAAUAAAUGCGUCAAGCCCGACUCGAAACUCCUAAGCGUCGUCGGGAUCAACACGCCGAGGAAAGACAACGCCCCGUUAUUGCAAUGUACGCACCACAUGUGCCCGAUCCGCGUUCAUUGGCACGUCAAGGUUAACUAUCGGGACUAUUGGCGAGUCAAGAUCGCCGUGACGAACUUCAACUAUCGGUUGAAUUACUCGCAAUGGACGCUCGUCGUACAACACCCGAACCUCAACAACGUCACGCAAGUGUUUAGUUUCGACUACAAGCCCCUCGUUCCGUACGGAAACAUCAACGACACCGGGAUGUUCUACGGCAUGAAAUUCUACAACGACUUGCUAAUGGAAGCCGGACCGGCGAAUAACGUGCAAUCGGAGGUUCUUCUCGAGAAAGAUAAGGAUACGUUUACGCUUAAACAAGGAUGGGCUUUUCCUCGACGAGUUUACUUCAAUGGCGACGAGUGUAUGCUCCCGCCGCCGGAUUCCUUCCCUUACCUCCCAAAUUCUGCUCGUCCCGAUCGAUCAUUCUUCGUCUCAAUCGUCGUCAUUAUCGCUACUGCGAUAACUUCUCUUCUCAUAGUAUAGUGAGGGAUGUUCAAGUUUUGAUCGCGUCGGAAGUCUCGAGGGUUAGUAUCGACGGGAGACGAAGGAUAUGUAAGUGAAAAUCAUAGAUACAAAGACAAACGAAUCGAUAUGUAUUGAUGACAUCGUAUCGUAUGUUACAAAUCUAUCGAAUGCUAACUUAUCACGACAA